AUGUCCUACUUUCUCUAUACAAACUCCUUCAUAUCCAUCAAGUUUGAAGACAAUGGUGUUGUCUCAUGGGAUAAAGCGAGCAAAAUGCCCAAAAUACCCCACUGGCAGCAAAGUGAGAUGUUGAGCAAGAGCAAUGGGAACGAGGCCAAGAAGGUCAAGAGCGGUGUGGAACACGAAAAGCCACGGGCGGUGCUGAGGUGGUGGAGGCGGAUUGGGCACAUUUUCCAGCUCAUCAGAUUAAGAAAACCCACUAAAGGCAAUGUGUGCCAUGUGAGCACAAAGCCUACAAGGAACUAA